CUGUGCGCGUCAAUAAGAUAGACAAUGCCACCAUCCAGAACCCGAAGUAACAAUAGUGGCAGCAACGGCAAUGUGGCGACGGGCAAGAAUUUGGUCCGAGCCAUGCUGUUGCUGGGAGUGGCAUCGCUAGCGAUCAACUUUCGCUAUUACUCUAAAAUCCGAGGCGCCAUUGUGGGACCUUCCGACGAAUCGUUCGAUAGCAGCGACAGUAGUAGUACUGUGAUUGGUGGUGGUGGUAGCAGCCUCAUUAGCAAAGGCAUGGGAAUGUCUGUGUUGUCCUCUUCUGUCCGAAAAAGUGAAAAUGCUGACACGAAGGGCCAUCGAAAAGGCAAAAAGCCAAAAAAGACGUUUGAUGGGGAGCUCGCGGGAGGCCAACUGAUCAAAAAGGACAAGAAGGGAAAUACUGUGGUAAAGGUCAUUACGGCUCUCAAUAAAGAGGAUUUGGGUGAUGCUGCUGGAGACGAUGACAAUACACAAGGCGACAUGACACUGGAAGAAGCGAUCAAGGGAAGAGAACCGAUCAUUCGAGUGUUGAAGGAAGCUGGCAUUCAGGAUUUUGAUGCCGCCACGGUCGCCAAAUUACCCAUGUGGGAACAGGUGGAAAAACUCUAUGGCAAAGGACCCGUCGUCUAUGGCUUGGAUACCUGCGAAGCAUUUCGAAACAGUGUCCCACCCGAAGACGCCUCCUUGGCAUCCUCGGGAAUAUUCAAUUCUGGAACAAACACACUCGCCAUGUACAUGAAUGCCAAUUGUAUCAUGCCAGAAAACAAAAAAGAAAGAUACGGAGGUAUGAGAUGGCAAGUGCCAUGGGGAAAACACAUGGUAGCCAAACGAAAAUGGACCAACACUGUCAAGUCGGAUCGAAAAGUCAACAAAACCACAGUCAUGCCCAUUGUGGCCAUUCGAGAUCCCUACAGUUGGAUGCAGAGUUUGUGCCGACAUCCAUAUGCCACCAAAUGGCACCAUACGGCCAAACAUUGUCCCAACUUGGUCCCCAAUCAGGACGAUCUCGAUCUCUUCCCCUAUCUCGAAAACACCGUUCCCGCUCGAAUCGAUUAUCCCGAACGGGCAGAACAUUGGGAUUCCUUGGUGCAUCUGUACAACGAUUGGUACGGUCAAUACUUUCGGGCCGAUUAUCCAAGGCUCAUGGUACGAUUUGAAGAUUUGCUGUUCAACGUCCAUGAAAUGGUCGAAACAGUAUGUACGUGUGUGGGAGGGGUACCCAGAGAAAAACAGUUUGCCUACGUCGUCGAUUCAGGAAAGUUCGGUCCGGGUCAUCCCGAAAAAGGUGCCUCGCAACACACCAACUUGAUUGGUGCCAUGGUCAAGUACGGGACGGACAAAUUGCGGUUCAAGGGCAUGACAGACGAGGACCUCUUGUUUGCUCAUGAAAACUUGGAUCCAGAGUUGAUGGCGGCAUUUCAGUACGAAGUGCCUCCACCGCCAUAGACUGAUGACAAGUAGUACAAGCAAGAGAGAAGGCAACAACGCAAGCCAUCAAUCUAUCUGCCACUGUACGACUAGUAGCACUACUACACAUCUACAAUCCACAACUGGGCAGUCUCCGUCUUUCCACGGACUCGAUUCUUUCAAUCAAUUAAGCCUCUGACAACUCUGCUCUCUUUUCCUGGAGAGCCAGCACACAACUCUGCUAUCCUCACGAUUUUGAACUUCUUCAGUCUACACUAGCACAACAUUCUACUAGUAUAUUCGAUUAGGACUUGUUGGGUCGAGGUACCAUUCAAAGGACCGUGCGCUGGAGAGAACCUGCUUGCGU